GGUCACAAUAACCAGUACUCAGAAAAUUCAGCGAAUCGCCAUACAUUUCUUUUUGAGCGCUGUACUGCCAAAACAUCAACCACAGCAUUUCUAAUAGGACAAUAUUUUCGACGUUUUGUUGACUGGACCAAUCAAAUGACUCAAUACAUGUUAGAGGAAGCUUGAUGUCAUUGAGGUCAAGAUUCCGUUAAUAUCAGUUAAGCAUUGAAUUUCCAUGACUGACGUUCCAUGAGCAACAACUUCCACCGUUUAUCGGCAGUGUGACAGCCAUGGGAAAGAAACGGGAGCGACCCUUUGAGAGUGCACCCAAACGACGGACCAAGCUGCAAAUUGGCUCUGCAACCUCAACCAGAAAAGAUGGAGUUGGUACAGGCGCCUUUGGGUCAACAUUCCAAGAAGCUUCCAGGCCACAGAGUGAUCAUAAUCCCUUGAGUGGUCUCCUUGGUCAGUAUGGGGACAGCGAUGAGGAGGAGAGCCAAGACAAUCAACAAGGAGCAGGAGGAGAGCCUGAGAAACCCAAGAAUGAGAUCGAUGCUAAAGUAGCAGAUUUCCUGGCUGAAAUAGACGCGCUGGAUGGAACCGAAUCCCCAGGCCCGUCAGGCGAGACGUCAGAAGCUCUGUCCAAACAAACAGCAGACAACGUCUCCCAGAAGUACGCUCAGCAAAACUCCACACUGAGCCAAGCUGUGGAAUCCACCAGCGAUGUGACAUCAACGCCUAGUGGAUUUGUGGAAGGGGAGCCAAUGGUGGCUGAUUCAACUAAUGGCGAAGCAGCGGAACUAGGAGAAUGGCAAGAGCUUCUGGAUGAAGCGACAAACUGCGUGUAUUACUGGAACACAGUCACCAGCGAAGUCACCUGGGAAAUGCCCGAAGUCCUCCGACUAGCCAAUCAGCAGUUAGCCAGCCAGUCAUAUGACCACCAAGCAGCCAGUAGCAUUGUCGAUUACGAAGCGGGCGGCGACGCAGAGGCAUCUGCAGAUGCUGUUGUUGCUAAGCAACAAGAUGAUGCAGACGAGGAGGAGGACAGUAGGGAGAACUUCCCGGAGAGCAACUCGCGCGAUGAGGGGACGGAAACGAGAAUGAUGCCCAUCUACGGACAGGGGAAAGUCGAGUACGACCUCUCCCCGGAACCCGAGAUCGAAGAGGAAGAUUUUGAGUUGCAGAAACCGGAGGCCAAGAAACCAACGUACUCCAUGUUUGUGAAGGGAGACACCCUCCCGGGAUCCGAGAACGGUGUGGAAGCCGGGUCGGAUGACAGCAGCUCUGCGAUUGGUCAGAUGAAACCUGUCCCUAUGGAGGAAGGGGAGGAAUCGACCAAUGGGGAUGGAGAGACUAAGUUUGAAGGGCUUGACGAUGACAUGGAUAUUGAUGAGCAACUUGAAAUUGCUCUGGAGAGACGGAAGGCUGAGUUACGGGAGUUGGAAUCUGAAGGAACAUUGAGCCCACAGAUAUCUGAGAAGAAACGCAAAGCAUCUGUACCGGUUGAUAUUUACGACGAAAAAGGAGAGGUUAACCUCCUUGCCUUCAAGAAGAAACGCAUGGAGAACCUUCGCAGCGGCAGGAAGUCCUCCGUUGAGAUGAUUGACAGGGGCACCCAGUGUGAUGAGGAACUCCAAGGCCUUAUCACUAAGAAGAAAACCAAGGAGGAGGCGGACAUGAAGAAAGAGAUAGCGGAGAUGGCAUUGACGCUGGACAGUAAGCUGAGCUUCCUGGGCAUCUCCAGGAAAGAUCUGACCAAAUUCCACAUCAUGCUCAUUGAGAAAGAGGUGCGAGUCCGAGACUGGAGAGAAGGCUCCCUGGAAUCCAAACACCUCCUCCGCCAUCUGAAAUCGGCCGACUGGGAAUUCCAGCGCUAUGAACUCGAAGCCGCACCUCCCGGCUGGUCUUGUAACUGGGACAGAGAACACAAGCAGUACUACUACAGCAACAACCAAACCGGCAUGUCGCAGUGGGACUUCCCCUUGGAGGCGGGGCUACAGGAGGACAAGAAAGAGGGGGUCAGCAAACCCACCGCUGCCGAGACGGAAUCCAGGUCUCUCUUCAAUCAGGCCUCGCUGACGGAAGGAACGGAACACGGGAAGUACAUUCAGUCAUCGAUGGUGGUGGUCCCCCCAGUACAGGAAGUUACCCCGAUCCCAGCAUACAACACGUUGAUAGCAUCUACCUCCACCCCAGAGACAGCAGUUGUGGACUACACAAACUACCCAACUCAGUACGCAGCCCCAACCCCACCCCUCCCAGCUGCCCCAGCCCCACCCCUCCCAGUUGCCCCUGUCCCGGCCCUCCCAACUGCUCCAGCCCCGUCCCUCCCAAAACCUACCCCUCCACCCUCUCUCUCCUCCAAACCCAACCCCCCUCUCCCAUCCACCAAGGCGAAACCCCCUCCUCCACCCCCAGGGACUGAGCUCUUCCCUCCCUUACCGGACUCCCCUCCCCCACCCCUCCCAUCAGGAUCAGGUCCCCCCUUGCCACCUCUUCCGUCCAGCCCACCCCCUCCUCCCCCUCCCCCUGAGGAUGACGAAGACGGGGCUUGCGAUAGCACACGCGCCAUGACGCCCCCUCCACUACCCAUACCCAACCUCUCCACAUCAGAGAUGCUACCGGGCAUGCCUGGUGACCUCCCGACCUCGACAACAGUCUCCUCCGCGAGUUCAGCAAUCAUCGGCAAACCGCAGAUGCUAUACUCCGCCCCAACCCCAACCAUCAGUAGUGGUCCAAGCAUCGCAGUGGAUGCUGGUUAUACAGCCCCGGUCUUGUACAGUGCACCAUCGGUUGUUGCAGCUCCCCCAUUACCCGGGACAUCCACAACAAGUGCACAGCCAGCAGCAAAGACAAAAAAGAAGAAAGAAAAGACGAAGACAAAGUCAACGAGUAAGAAGAACAAAUUGCCGCUGUCCCUGGUCCAGAAGUGGCAGCAGAUCAAGGAGGAAGUGGAAAGAGAGGAGAUUGCCGAUGAGGAAGAUGAGGACGAAGAUGAUGACCCCACCGUGGCCACUCAGAAGAGGAUUGAGCAGUGGAAGAAAGAACAGCUGACUGCUGGUCUUUCAACGAAGAACGCCAACUUUGAGAUGAUCCAGGGCAAUUGGAGGGAACGUCUCAAGAAGAAAUCAAGUCAGAAUACUUAAUUUGUAUAUUAUUUGUUAAUUUUGUUUUAUAUGUUUUUUGCUAUUUUUAUUAUUAUUUUUUUUUUUUGCUAGAUGCAUUGUUAACCCAUUAGCAACUGUACUACAGUGUAUUACAUUGUGCUUAUUCACUGAAGAAUCCAUAAAACCAUAGAGUGCUCUGGGCCCAAUUUCACAGCGCUGCUUAACAAUUAGCAGAAAAGUUGUGCUUAGCAUAGCAGAAAAAUGUGUUAACCUUAAGCACUAUUUCACAGGGUGGACGUGCUAAGGGUCGCGCGUGCAUGGAGAUUUCUAUUGUUACGUCACUAAGUUAAGCAAAUUUUUCCUCUGAAGUAAGCAUGCCUUUUGCCAUGCUUAUGCUUAUGGUCUCCAUGAAAUAGACGGAGGCUCUGUAAGCAGAAAAUUGUGUGCUUAGCAGCGCCGUGAAAUUGGGCCGAGGUGGUUUCGGGUGCAGCAGGGAGUCAUAGGCAGGGUGGUUUAAGAUGCUACAGUGACUAAUGGGUUAAAAGAAAUCGAGGAAAAUGCUUCAUCUAGAGUUAGCUGUGAACUGCUGUGAAUUAUGACUAAUGCUAGGUUUACACAUUCCCAAAUUAGUUAUGAAUAUAUCAAGAAUAAACCAAGAAUUGAAAUUGGUUCCCGAAUCACCCCGACAAAUUUGAACAUAUUCAAAUUUGUCGGGGCUCAAAUUUUUCGGGGCUCAAAUUUGUCGGGGCGCUUCCCGAUCUUUAACGAUCUUUCACCGAACUAACAGAAUCAUCAUGAGGCAGGCAAGAACCAUCCUUGAUUUACUUUAAGAAUUGCUAUUCCUGGCGAAUCGGCUCAAUAAUCGGGAAUGUGUGAACCUAGCAUAAGUUAGGUGCUUAUGGCCAGGAAUGAUUGUGUUGUCAGCCAUUGGACACAGCUGUGGCUGUGGUUAUGACUUCUCAUUGGGCUGUGUCAAGACAACUUUAGCUGUGGCCUUCAUUCACAAGCACCCCGUCACUCACACAGAGACCUCAUUUGCAUUAAUUAUGCAUUAGCGUAACAAAACAAACCUCCAAGAUGGCUCCUGAAUGCAAUCCAUCUAUGGGCUCCGUGCACCAACAAAAGAGGGCGGUUUUUUACCUCUUUGCAGAGCCCCGUGGACGGGGCACACUGCAUGUGCGCACUGAUUCAAGCGUGUAUAGCGUGAAGGACGUACGACAUGUUGUAUUCUAAAUGUGCAUAAAGCCAUGGCAUCUUUGCGUGAGUGUCGGACGUCGUCAUCGAUGAGUUCAACUGUCUCUCCCGAUGUUCUCCCCAACUCUCCCUUUCUUGCCGGUGAGGGAGUGCAUGGAGCCCGUACAUUGGUUGGGUGAGCAAUGCAUUCAGGUCUCAAACUGUACGGACAAAGCAGCACAUGUUGUAUUGCACACUACAAGUAAACUAUGAAAAUAAUACAGCUUUCUUGACUAUUGUAUGGAACAAAAUAUGAACUGUUUUAUUGUGUUCAUACCGACAUGUCAUUCCCUAAAUUUUGGGUUCAAAGUGUGAAAUUGUUCUUGUUGUCUUCAAACUUUGCAAUUUGCCAAUGAAUCAUCUUUAAGAAUGACUUCAAACUAUUUUUGUUAUUUGUUUCGUAAGUAGUUUGCUAGUUCAUAAUCACUCUUGGAGGAUCAGUGCAUUAAGGAGUGCAUCCAAACUCAGUGGUGCACCCAGAAUUUGGCUUGGGGGGGGAGGGGG